AAUCUAUACUACCUAUUAAGAACGUAAGGGGUAGGCUGCCUCCCGCUGUUCUGCCAUCCAACGAUCUCAACCGUCCGUCCGUACCUCUGUUUCGUCGUCCGUCGGAUGCUGCCCAGCCCCGCGCGUACAUCACUCUGGUCGUCACUCGUCAGCCCUCCGCUCCCCCAAUCCAUCCCUCCUCCUCACGCCCCUCUCUCACCUAACCGCCCAGCCACAAUCCCCCAGCAACCGUAGCUCCGAUCCCACCGCCGACGCCCUAGCCCUGAUUUCGCCACACGGCGGGGGCGGCGAUGCACAAGAGCAAGGGGAAGUUCUCCGGCAUCCUGCACAAGGGCUUCAAGCCUGACAAGCGGAGAUGCACACGCCGCCGUCCGCGAGCCACGAUGCGCUCCACCCUCGACCGCCAAUCCCGUCUCAGCAUAGCGCAACUGCCGCCGCCCCGCGACGCUCGCGUCGUCAUCCUCGCGAGACAGCCGCCAUCCUUCCCCCGCCCCGCGCCGCUCGCGAUGCCAACGCCACGCGCUCUCCGACGCCAUCCCACGGGAGCUCACCAGCUGCGCCUACCUCAACGUCAUAGAUCUCCAUGGCAACCAGCUGUCCGGUCCCAUCCCCGAGGAGCUCGGCCUCCUCGUCCGCUAUCAACCUUCGAUGUCUCCCACAACCGCCUCUCGGGCCCCAUCCCCGUGCUCCUCGCUAACCGCACCGGUGCUGGCACGGCAGCCGUCGGGACGGCGAGGUUCAAUGCCAGCUCCUUCGUAGGGAAUAAGGGCCCGGGAGACCGUGAUCGACGUCCGCCGCGCCCCACGCCGCUCGCGAUGCCCCCAUCGGGCCUCGGUCUUCUCCCCCUUACCCCUAUCCACACGGCGUCACCCCUCCCCUCUUUCGUCGGCAUCGAGAUCAACGAUGAACGGCGGUGGCGCAGCGCCUCCACCCCCACCCCUCGGGUUGUCCCUCUCGGGCCUCGGCCUUCUCCCCCUUACCCCUGUCCACACAACGUCGCCCGCUCCCCUUCGCCGGCAUCAACGAUGAACGACGGCGGCGUUACUCCUCGGAGCAGCUCCUCUUCGACGUUCCCUCCAAUGCAGGUGCCGGUUGGCGGGCGCAGCAGGUAUGGCUUAACGCUUCAAUUGAGAUCUGUGUGGGGUCCAGGUUUUCUGGUUUCUCUGGGAGGAGCUCAUCGAUGCGUCCAUUUGUGUCUGCAGCUCGGUGGGGUGCGGCGUGGUGACGGGGAGAUCUUCGGGUCGGUGGAGCCCGCGACGCCAGCGCGGCUGUGCGGAAGGGACGCCGCGGCUGGGGACUCGCUGGGACAGAGGCAGCAGCCCAGUCCCGGGUUGCUCGAUCUCCAUGCUUUCGACACGGACGACCUGAUUAGACCGCACAGGAAUAUGAUGUAGUGGCACCGCCAGGUCCGAUCUGCUUGUGCAUGUCACCCGUCGCUGGCAAGGUAAGCUGCCUUCAUUCGAUGUCACGCUCUAGCUUUGUUGAUUGCGGCUUGGUUGUUGAUUUCCAAGCUACCUGGAUAUCGCCAGCGUGCAAACCUUCGUCCUUAAGAGUGCGUGCGUGGUGUUCCUCAACGUGAGUCCGCAGCUGAGGCACGGCAAGGGCGACACCAACACCUGCGAGCUCUGCGAGCGCAGCCUCCUCGACGCCCUCUGCUUCUGGAAGCUCGGUUGCAAGUGUUAUUGGGGGAUCUUCAUCAUUGCCGACCUUUUCUUGGUCACUUGGCUCACUACAACGAGGCUCAAAGCGCUCUGGAGGCUGGUUACCUGCGCCCUCUUCUCAUGGAGGGUGGUCUGCCGACAUCUACCAAGGCAGAAGAAGCUCCUUGAGGAAGCUCCAUUGUUUUACACCCAGAGAGGCAGAUGGAUUUUGCCUCAAAUUGUUUCUCUAGGGCAGCAACAACACAUCAUCAGAUUUAUUUUCAUGUCUUUGUUGUAUGAUACCAAUCUUGCAUAUAUGUGCAUAGUUAGUUAGUUACUACCAUUUCAAGCAUUCUAACAAAGUUCUAUUGUCAGGAAGAAUCGUAGGGUACUGAAGAAAAUAUAAUAUCCUAAACAUUAUCUUCUGUUAUCCCAAUCGACAUUUUUGGUCCUAGACUUCUGGUUGUCUUUUCUACUUCAACAGAUCUCCCUAUACAGGUCCAAGGCUAGCUACAACUAGAUUAUUCUCACCAAUGAAAGAAUAUCUUUUUAUGCCUAAGAAGUGAAGCUGCAACACGCUAGAGCUAUCGUGCUCGUGGCAAGACAAAGCCUUCUUUUGUGAUGAUGGAAUCCAACUCGUUCCCUUAUUCUAAGGCAUCCUUACGGAAUUCUAUUGCUAUAUGGCUAAUUCAAUGGUAUGCAUCUUUUCUCCCAUGCCAAACUUAUUCAUUUGACAGCAGCAACCAUCAAAAUCAGAAUGGUCUUUCUUAUUUCCUGGAGAACUAGACUUAUUUGAUUCAUUAGAAUCACUUCCAGUGAUGGACAUUUUGUUUUUAGAUCUCCUUUUUCUGAUUUGUCAUUUGAGUUUCUGAUUUGUCCAUAAUUUAGAGGAAAUGGAGGUGGUUUAUCUUUGUAGGUAACAGUUACCAAGACUACAUUGUAUGAUGCCAUGCUUUAGUGUGGCCAAUAAUUUCACUAGCCAUCAGGUCCUCGAACUUUCCAGCACUAUAUUCAUGCUUCAAGCCACCACUGGCAAAACCCAUGAUUGGAAAGAUAUUUUCCCCGAUCUUAUAUACAUGCAAACUACAACCAUGGACAGGAAGGUAUGCCAAGUUGACAACACAGCAGUUCAAGCAAUCAUGUUCUUUGAAAUCAAUUUAGGCACAAAUCUCACAGCCUUUCUUGAAAUAUCAGUGGCAACCUCAGAAGUAAUAAUGGGAAGGUAACAAUAAAUAUUUGGUAUCUAUCUUUCUGAAUUAAGGAUAGGACGAUAUUCCAUAUUCAUUGCUGAUGAUAUCUAGGAGAAAUAAUUAUAUAGGUCAAUCAAAUGUGACCUUUUAUGUGAAGAUUAUUGUGUGCUUGGUUUUACUGUUUACACAAUGAGCCAAAGACAUGCCAUGUAGUUUCUUGAGCUAUUGCAUCGAAGCUUACUGAGCUAUUUUUUAUUUAAUUACUGAACUAUUUUGACAUUCACUACUUGCUGCCUAAUCUGCUAAGAGUUUCUUUAAAGUAGGCUGACUUAAUAAGGACAUUUCAGCACAGGCGCGAUGCGACACCAAUAGCUAGCGGCACAGCAUGGCGCGACACCAUAAAUCAGCAGGGCGGCGUGUCGAAAGCAGGCACGGGCAUGGCUUCCUCUCCUCCCCUGUUUCUUCUCUUCUCAAUCUCAUGUGCUUUCUCUUCUCUCAAUCACCCUGCCUCCUCUCCUAGAUGCUGGUACAACCCUGCUUUAAUCUCCUCUCCACCCCCUUCUUGUAUGCGUUUUUUUUGUGUCAUUUCCUCUAUACAAGGACUUGGAGAAGGAGCAAAGGAGGCAACCUAGCUUGAAGACGGCGUUGGUGUCCAUGAAGGUGUCCUUUGCAAAUGUGAUGUCGUAAGACAGGAUCAGAAGAACUGAAGCCAGUAUCGGAGGGACAUAAAAAUUGCACUGCAGCAAGAUGUCUCUCUCUCUCUCUACAUGGUGUUUAGUCGUAAGCCCGUUGCAUUUCUGCUGAGGACGUCUAGCAUUUUUGAUUUUGUCUUACAUGUGGCCAAGCUGUGGAAGAAGCCGUGGCACGAGGAGAAUGUCCACCAAGCUCUAGAGCGGGCAUUCACGAGGCCGCUCGGCGCUCUGCCUCGCCUCCCUCCUUUCCUGUUGUCUCAAGUUAGUGCCUUCCUUUGCUUUUCGAUAAAUUUCACAAGCACGAAGCAGCCUAAUCAAUAAUCGGUUGCCUGUCUGAAGGACUCCGCAUUAUGAUUUCCGCCUCUUUUGAAUUGUUCCCGGACAUUGGAGCUUUUGGCCUUGUUGCAAGUGGCAAAUCCCUUGUGCUUAAAGGUUGCAAUGUAGUGGUCCGUUGCAUCGCACGGGCACUCACCUAUUACAAUAUAUUUAUAAAAAAUUAUCAGAUCUCAUCCACGCUGAGCUUCUCUGGUCAGUCACCAGGCUCAAGAUCUUAUUUCCAGCCUUGAUAUUGUUGCAAAGCAACCAUAUCAACAUAAUCUAGGUCGAGUUAUUGAGGCACUACAAAAUACUAUUAAUUUUGCACUUUUUAGAAAAUCUAUUCAACGUGGUGCAGUUCCUGGCGUGACAUCUCCUAUCAGACCACUAAGACCAACCUAUACAAGGUGAUCCAAUCCCCCAAGCCCUAUUCUUUGUCUUAUUAGUCCAUUUUUGUUUUGGUAUCCUUGUUCUUGGGAGUGGCAACAGAUUAUCUGAUGUGUUAGAUUAUGUAGUUCCUAUUCAGCGACGUUAUUGCUCCUUUGACUUUGUUUAACUUUCAGAAAUCAGAAAUGGUACAUGUGCUUAUUCCUUUAGAGGAUGUGACCUAUGGUGUUAUUUUCUACUCUCUUUUUUUAAGUUCUAAAGUAGUUGCCAUCUGUUGAACAUUAUAUAUACAAGCUUACUAAAUGUGAUAUAUGUUUGUACCUUACUAAAUUACUGAAUGCAUCUUUAUUUAUUUUUUAAUUACUUGGAGCUGUGAAUCAACAAGAAAUUUUUACCACUAAAUUACUAAGGGCUUGCAGGGCCCAUAAAAAUACCAUGUUAGCUGAGGAAGUAGCCAAGAAAAUAAUGGAGCUUGAACCUAGGAGCAUUGGGUCUCAUGUAGUAUUGUCAAAUAUGUAUUCAGCUUUUGGGAGAUGGAAUGAAGCAGCACACCUACGAGAAUCCAUGAGAAAAAGGGUAUGGAGAAGGAUCCAGCUUGUAGUUGGAUUGAAGUGAAGAGCAAACUGCAUGUCUUUGUAGCUCAUGAUAGGUCCCACCCUUGGUAUGACAGGAUUAUUGAUGCACUGAAUCCUUUCUCAGAGCAGAUGGCACGCGAAGGUCAUGUACCCAAUACAGAGGAUGUUUUCCAGAAUAUUGAAGAAGAGCACAAGUCAUAUGUGUUAUGUGUUCACAGUGAGAAACUUGCUAUAGUGUUUGGUAUUAUAAGCACGCCUGCUGGAACAAAAAUUCGUGUGAUGAAGAAUCUCCGAGUCUGUAUUGAUUGCCACACAGUAACUAAAUUUAUUUCAAAGUUAGCUGAUAGGGAGAUUGUGGUGCAUGAUGCAAACUGUUUCCACCACUUUAAGGAUGGAAACUGUUCCUACAAGGACUUUUGGUGAUCGGGCAACCACUUGGGAUUAUCAUAUGUGUUGCGAUAUAAAGUGAAUUGCUUAUUUUUCUCUAUCAACUUAAGCUUUUGGGUUGAAUUGGUUGGAUCAUGCAACGAGUUCCAAUCAUUGCGAGAACAUUAGAGCCAUCUAAACACUAUAUGUUCUUACUCUUUUAUUAUAUUAAGGUAAACUUACUCUUACUUUCAAUAGCUGCUCUAUCACUGUACAAAAUUCAGCUCGUAGAGUGUGUUGAGAUUUUUUUUUGUACAUGAAAUUGCAAUUUCAUCUGCUUUUGAUGCCAGUUCUGCAAUCCAUCAAAGUACUAGCUACAGUGUGCUCAAUUUCUCAAAUUAUGUUUUCAUUGUUGAAUCAUGGUCACCUUAUCCCCACCUUGCAUAAAGAAUAAAGAAAGGUAUGGAUUCUUGAAGUGUGCUUCAAUAGUUAAUCAUCCAACCUCAAUGUCCACCUUGACAGUGGUAAACACUGAUUGAUAGCACCAAUACCCAUACUAUAUUGAAUGUAGCAUCACCUUGCAUUGUGUAGCUGUAUUGAAUAUAGCACCAACACUCAUACUUGUAAUCAUUUGACUGAGUGAGCACCCUGCAGCAAUCUUUUUCUGAAUCAAGAUCUUUCAUGGGCUGUUAUCUCAGUUUCUUCUCAUGUUUGACCAUAUGCUCAUAACAUUUGCUCCCUCCAUUCACAAAUAUAUUAGGCUGUUGACUUUUUUCUAAAAACUUUGACAACUCGUCGUAUUUGGUGAACUUGACAAAUAUCUAUCUGAAGAUACAGAAAAAAAGAUCGCCAUUCUCAUUUGGUGGAAGGUGCUUCUCCAAAGUGACAGGAUAGCUGGACUGUGUGCAACCGGUGCUGCCUGUGUGUCUGUGCAUGUCCAUGUCCCCCUUUGGCGUUGGCGAUCUCCUUGUCUCCCUGUCUGCAAGUGCAACACUGGAAGUCUGCAAUCGGUGCUGGCGUGCUGCACUGCUGCCUGUGUCGACUGUGUCUUUGUCUGUGUGUGCAUGAGCCAUAUCCCUGUCUCUAUUUGGCAUUGGCGUCUUGGGCUCUUGGAUCUUGGCGAAUUGGGAUUGGAGAUGUCCCUGUCUCCCUGUGAGUGUGUGCAACCGAUAAUAGCAGUAGCACUACUGCAGAGAACCUGAAUGUAUUUUUCAUGCUGCCAGCCUGCCAGUCUAUGAACUAUGAUCAAUGUGAAUCAAAACUUUGUAUUCAAA